AUGAAUAAUACUCUCGUCAAUGGAACCUACUCCUGUUCUUUUCCUUCAAUUGGCUCCUUAUUGGCAACGGCAGAAGCUGGUAAUCUCAACAUCACUCAGCUUGUCCAGAGUUGUCCGAAUGUAUGCUCACUAGCAUGGGGUACUGGGAAUCCCGAUCUGUCUGGAAUUGGAGCAAAUGUCUCAUAUAUCAUGCAAUUUGUCUCAAUUGUGAUAUUUGGCCCGCUGUUUGUCGCAAUAUAUGGUUAUGGGAAGCAAGGACAUCUCAACCCCGACUCCCUGGAAUUCUGGAAAGAGCUGCAAGAUACCUUCCUGGAUACCAGUGCACAGUUCACUAUUCCCGUGACCGUCGCAGCUGUUGUUCGCCUUCACCAGUCUCCACCGUUCUUUGAAAUCGCUUUCCUACAAUCAUUAACAACGAUGCAAUUCCUCGGCUUAUUUUGUACUGCGAUUGCUACGGGAGUAGCCAUGCCCAAAAAAAGAAGCAUCAGACGGGUGCUAGUGAUCAGCCUAUAUCUGGUGGUGGAUUUCGGGUUCUAUAUGGGUGUGGUGGGCUACCUUCGUACCAACAAAGCUUCUUGGACGACCAUCAAACAACUGGCUUCUGCUUGUGGGGAGUACAGCCAGCUUACACCUGGUUUUGUGUACAUUCAAACGCAUAAGUUAUCGGUUGGAACUGGAAUCCAGGGGUUCAAAAAUUUCCUGAACCCAUUCAGCAAAGGAGGAUGGAUUAUAUUCGGCCUCACUGUGGCCGCUAUUGCAGGCCUCGCCGUCACUGUGGUUGUGGUAUUUGCAAUAUACCAAUGCCUGAGAUCUAGAAGUCCGUGGGUCCUUGGUCCAAUGAGCCUUGGGUUCUUCGGUGGCACCCUUUAUUGCAUGAUAUUGCUUGAGCGUAAGAGGCAAGUCAUGAAAAAGGUGACUGGGAGCGACUUUCAAGAUAAUCAAUGGGGCUUUGGACAAGUCAUGGCUCUCUUUUUGUGGGCUCCAUUACUAGUACAGAGUCUAUACUAUAUUCUUGGUAAUUUAUUCCUCCAUUCCUUACCUUGCAGUUAUCUAACCUGGUGCGAUGGCUCAACAGUCACACUGUUUCCCCGCCUCAAGCCCAGAGAACUUGUCUCAACUGAUCGAGCAUGCUACCGAUGUCGAGGCUGCCACCGAUGCGCUGAAUCUGGCGAAAGUUCUAGACUCAUGGAAAAUAUCGAGCUUGCUCCUGUUGACGCUGGCGUCCACCCAGCGAUGCCUCCAACGAGGACCACACCCAGAACAGACAACGAGACCACCACCGGAAUCGAUUCCGAAACCUAUCACGGGGUGCUCCUCGAAAUAAAUUCCCCUGCAGUCAGGCCAACGCCAGAAUCCAAUCCAGUUCCCACUAGGGUUGCCCCAGAUGUCGAAGUUCUACCCCCUUACGCAGCCAUCGAAUCGAAAGAUAUUUCGGAUUCAGAUAAAUUUGAUUGA